AUUUCCAUAUCUGGAAUAUCUGAAGAUGCCGGCAAAGGAUCCACAAUCCGGACAUUCAUAGUCUCUAUUUUGCUCCCCGGCUGUUGCUUUCAACCUUGGGGGUCUGUCUUGAUUGCAUCUGCGGACCCAUCUGUCUGUCCAUCCGGAUGGUAUAUCUAUCCGUGCAGAGUCUACAGGAUGAAAAGUCAGGCCGAUGUGAUAAUGAGUCGAUUUCACUUCUUCACCAACACUCGUACAAAGUUUGGCCUGUACCCUGGCUGCAGCCGUCUUGCCGUUAUUGAUUGCUGAAAAAUGGCGUCGAAACCGGGAGGCCAUUUCCUCCAAGGGAAACGCAUUAUCGUGGCAGGAGGGGGCAUCGCGGGGGCGAUCUUUGUCGCAGCCUUGGACCAGCUAUGGGACUCUUCUCUGCCACGGCCCGUGGUCACGGUGUUUGAGAGGGAGAAGAGCCGCGAGGCUUCUGUCCAGCAAGAUCCUUACACGCUCACCCUUAACGGCGGCAAUCAAGACGAAGGGCUGGUGGCGCUCCAGCAACUGGGACUUCUGGAGAAGGUUCGCUCAGCGCCCUCGACAAUCCUCAACAGCGGCGUCAUCAUGGUGUGGAGCGACAGCUGGAAAUACCUGGCCUCCAUCAACCCGAAACCCCAUCAAGGCUUACCGGCGGCGACAAUGCGUAUCACGCGCCAGCACUUGAAAGAUAUCCUGUUGGAUCGGACCGACAAGGAGUCAGCGAAGAAGAUCACCGUCGACUGGCGGUACGGGUGUACCUGUACUCGGGCGGAACGGCUGUCAUCGUCGACAAGCGGACCUCUCCGGGUUACCAUCGCCGACAGAGCACAAGACGGCAGCGACAGAUCGUGGACCCAGAACUGUGACCUCCUCAUUGUGGCCGACGGACCCGACAGCGUGCUGCGAGGGAGCUUCUUCCGGUCUCAAGACACAAAGCCGAAUUACGUGGGCGUUACGCAGAUCGGCGGCAUCUCGCGUCUACCCUCGGGCCUCCCUCGUCCCAUCCACGAAGAUUAUGGUCUGCAGAUGUCCUCGGGAGAAGGCGUCUGCUGCAUAUACACUCCCUUUGAUGACACAACCGUCGGCUGGGCAUUGAGUAAGAAAGGGGAGCCCAGACGAGAGGCCAAGGUGGGAUACGAAAAUGAGCCGAAGGCGUUCGAUUUGCUGAAGAUGGAGGCCUUAAAGACGGCGUCCAUGUUCCAAGAGCCCUUCAGGACCGUUGUCGAAGCCACGGAUCCAGCCACCGCUUUCGUCCGCCUGGCCAUGGAGAAACACCCUUUUCGGCAUGACACAGCCACGGCAUCAUCACCUCUGUUGGGAACGUCAGGAGCAGUCGUCUUUAUCGGCGACGCGAACCACACUCUCAACCCGUACGUGUUGGACGGGGCGAACCUGGCCCUCAAGGAUGGCUGGGACCUCGCUGAGCAGAUGUGCCGCAACUCACACUCCAUCGAGGCUGCGGUCGACGCCUACGACAAGCUCAGCGUCCCUCGCGCUCAACACGUCAUACAUUUCUCAAAAGAGCGCAUUCGGUUUGGCCAUAGCACGGGCCUCACGUGGAAGGUGUACAAGUAUGGUAUGGCCGCCCAGAGAGCCAUGGCUAAGAAGGACUAGUCAAGUCCGGCCAAUGUCGACUAGUGAGGUUUGUUAGGGGAGAGGAGAUAGGACUUGGUAGGAACUGCGCUUGUGACUGUGCAGCAUUUGUGUUCAGCGUUCUCGUAUUGGCAUGAAGACCCGGUGAUGUGGGAAGCGAAUUCAGACUUUGCACAUUGCAUGCCCCAUGGUGUAAUGUGCUAAUGCAAGAACGAUCAUUCUUCCUCUCUUUCGUUUGUGGGGUCCGAUGCAGAGAGGGCGCUCCCCAAUGUGAUUCGCAUCCACAUUGAGUGCGCCUGUCUUUCUUCCGGGUUGACAGAUAUUGGUCUCGCAUAAUGACUGCCACAGGAUGUCACAUCAUCUUCAUCAUGCUCGAAGGUAGC